CAUAGAAAAACUCACCAUACUAUCAACAACCCACCACACAACCCAACUCACUCACUUCAAUGGAAUAGCAAAAAAACCAAAACAAAACAACUUUAGUUCCUGUUUUCUUUGGUCUUUUCAUUUUUCUCACCAACCCCAUUUCCUCUUUGCUUUUGCUUUCGCUGUUUGUUCAUUUUUGUUUCUGUUUCUGCAAAAACAGAACACACCAAAAAAAAAAAAAACAGAAGCUUUUCUCUCAUUGUUCAUUCAUGGAACGUGCAAGGCGCUUCGCAAACCGUGCAAUUCUGAAGCGGUUGGUGUCAGAAGCCAAGCAGUUUCGUCAAAAUGAGACUUUGUUGCACACUGUCUCCCCAGUUUCAUACACACCCUCAAGGUACGUAUCAUCCUUGACCUCGUACAUGUCCAUGCGUAGAAGUACUAGAUCAGAUUUGUCACAUAACAAUGUUGGUCAAGGUGUUGGGGUGUCUCAAACUCGUUCUAUAUCUGUGGAGGCAUUGAAACCCAGUGACACUUUUCCACGCCGCCAUAACUCGGCAACCCCAGAAGAGCAAACCAAAAUGGCUAACUUAUGUGGGUUUGAUAAGCUUGAUUCGCUUAUUGAUGCCACUGUGCCUAAAUCUAUUAGAAUCCAAUCAAUGAAGUUUGAUAAGUUUGAUGAAGGGUUAACUGAGAGUCAAAUGAUUGAGCACAUGAAAAAACUAGCUUCAAAAAAUCAGGUUUUUAAGUCAUAUAUUGGGAUGGGAUACUAUAACACUUAUGUUCCACCUGUGAUUUUGAGGAACAUAAUGGAGAAUCCAGCUUGGUACACUCAAUACACACCUUACCAAGCUGAGAUAUCUCAAGGGCGUCUUGAAUCUUUGUUAAAUUAUCAAACUUUGAUUACGGAUCUUACUGGUCUCCCCAUGUCAAAUGCUUCAUUGCUUGAUGAAGGAACAGCCGCUGCUGAAGCAAUGGCUAUGUGUAAUAAUAUUCAGAAGGGAAAGAAGAAAACUUUUGUAAUUGCCAAUAAUUGUCACCCUCAAACAAUUGAUAUUUGUAAGACUAGAGCUGAUGGUUUUGAUCUUAAAGUAGUUACCGCAGAUCUUAAGGAUAUCAAUUACAAAUCUGGGGAUGUGUGUGGUGUUUUGGUUCAGUACCCGGGGACUGAGGGUGAGAUUUUGGAUUAUGCGGAGUUCAUUAAGAAUGCUCAUGGUCAUGGGGUCAAGGUUGUGAUGGCGUCGGAUCUAUUGGCAUUGACAUUGUUGAAGCCACCAGGUGAAUUGGGGGCUGAUAUUGUUGUUGGUUCUGCUCAGAGGUUUGGGGUUCCUAUGGGGUAUGGAGGUCCUCAUGCUGCGUUUUUGGCCACAUCACAAGAGUACAAGAGGAUGAUGCCAGGAAGAAUCAUUGGUGUAAGUGUUGAUUCUUCAGGGAAGCCUGCUCUGCGAAUGGCAAUGCAGACAAGGGAGCAGCAUAUCCGUAGGGAUAAGGCUACAAGCAAUAUUUGCACUGCUCAGGCACUGCUUGCAAAUAUGGCUGCUAUGUAUGCUGUUUAUCAUGGACCUGAAGGCCUUAAAUCCAUUGCACAACGGGUUCAUGGUCUUGCUGGGGCAUUUUCACUUGGACUGAAGAAGCUUGGGACAGGGGAAGUUCAAGGCCUUCCUUUCUUUGACACUGUGAAGGUUAAGGUUGCUGAUGCACAUGCAAUUGCUGAUGCUGCUUACAAGAGUGAAAUAAAUUUGAGAAUUGUAGACCGGAACACCAUAACCGUUUCUUUUGAUGAGACAACCACCUUGGAGGAUGUUGAUAAACUUCUCAAAGUUUUUGCUGGUGGCAAGCCUGUUCCAUUUACUGCUGCAUCUCUUGCACCAGAGGUGGAGACCGUGAUUCCCUCUGGGCUAGAAAGGGAGAGCCCAUAUCUCACCCAUCCAAUCUUUAACACGUAUCAUACAGAGCAUGAGCUGCUUAGAUACAUUCAUAGGUUACAAUCAAAGGAUCUCUCUCUAUGCCACAGCAUGAUUCCAUUGGGAUCGUGUACUAUGAAAUUGAAUGCAACAAGUGAGAUGAUGCCAGUAACAUGGCCUGGCUUUACUGACAUUCACCCUUUUGCCCCAACUGAACAGUCUCAGGGUUAUCAGGAAAUGUUCAAAGAUUUGGGUGAACUAUUGUGUACCAUCACUGGCUUUGACUCUUUUUCCUUGCAACCUAAUGCUGGUGCGGCUGGAGAGUAUGCUGGCUUGAUGGUUAUCCGGGCAUAUCAUUUGGCAAGAGGUGACCAUCAUCGCAAUGUGUGCAUUAUACCUGUUUCAGCACAUGGGACAAAUCCUGCUAGUGCUGCCAUGUGUGGAAUGAAAAUUGUCUCUGUUGGAACUGAUGCCAAGGGAAACAUCAACAUUGAAGAAUUAAGGAAGGCUGCUGAAGCUAAUAGGGACAACCUCUCUGCUCUUAUGGUCACAUAUCCUUCAACUCAUGGAGUCUAUGAAGAAGGUAUUGAUGAGAUAUGUAAGAUAAUUCAUGACAAUGGAGGUCAAGUAUACAUGGAUGGGGCUAACAUGAAUGCACAGGUGGGACUGACAAACCCUGGUUGCAUUGGAGCUGAUGUUUGCCAUCUCAAUCUCCAUAAAACAUUUUGCAUUCCUCAUGGAGGAGGUGGUCCUGGCAUGGGUCCUAUUGGUGUGAAGAAACACUUGGCACCAUUUUUGCCAUCGCAUCCUGUGGUACCCACUGGUGGAAUACCUGCUCCUGACAAGUCUCACCCACUUGGUACCAUUUCUGCUGCACCUUGGGGCUCUGCACUUAUUUUGCCAAUAUCAUACACAUAUAUAGCCAUGAUGGGGUCAAAUGGUCUCACUGAAGCAUCAAAAAUAGCUAUUCUGAAUGCAAAUUACAUGGCAAAGCGUUUGGAGAACUAUUACCCCAUUCUUUUCCGUGGUGUCAAUGGAACAGUUGCCCAUGAAUUCAUUGUUGAUUUAAGAGGCUUCAAGAAUACUGCUGGUAUAGAGCCUGAAGAUAUUGCCAAGCGUUUAAUGGACUACGGAUUUCAUGGACCAACAAUGUCAUGGCCAGUUCCAGGCACACUUAUGAUUGAACCCACUGAAAGUGAAAGCAAGGCGGAGUUAGACAGGUUUUGUGAUGCUCUUAUUUCCAUUAGAGAAGAAAUUGCUCAGAUUGAGAAUGGAAAAGCAGACGUCCACAACAAUGUCCUGAAGGGAGCUCCUCAUCCACCAUCCCUGCUCAUGGGAGAUGCAUGGACAAAACCAUAUUCUCGGGAAUAUGCAGCCUUCCCAGCUGCUUGGCUUCGUGUUGCGAAGUUCUGGCCUACUACAGGGCGUGUGGAUAAUGUUUAUGGCGACCGCAACCUUGUCUGCACCCUUCUCCCAGCAUCACAUGUUGUUGAAGAACAAGCGGCAGCCACUGCCUAGUCUUCCUCAUCAUGCUCCUUGCUGCAAGGUUUCUCUAUGAAACCGUUUGCUUCUCCCUCUCAUUGUAUAAAUAUUUCCUUGAUUAUGUCCUUCACAGCUGGUGACAUUCAUUUUCCUAAUACCAUAUUGAUAAUGAUCAGCUGUUCUAAUAACAAUUGUUGCUGAUUGCAACCCAAAAUGUUGUAAUUAUAAUUUACUUCAUUCGCCCUC